AUGGCGGCCUGUCAACAGUGGAUGGUGGUGCUGGUGAGCCUGCACUUACUGGUGGGGUGCCUCCUGGCGAUUCCAUCGCCCGGCGCCAACCCGAGUCCGAAGCAGCACGAUGACGCGCCGAAAGCGCUAGACUCCGACACGGGUGACGAUCGCGAGCUGAAGAGUGACGACGAUGGGUACGACUUCUUCAUGAUCGACCAACUGUUCCUGAACAACCCGCAGUACCGGCAGCUGAUCAGCGAUCUACAGGCGCACACCUUCGGCAGCAACUGGCGCCGGAAACGGGACGUCUCGGAGAACGAGCUCCCGGAGGCGUUCCGCAGCGAUGCGACCACUCUGGGGACGUCGACCGCGCCGUCUUCGUCACCGAGCAGCAGCACGACCAGCAGCAGCACCUCGGUUGACACGGCCAGCACGACGGCCAGCACGGCCCCCGCUGCCGACGUGGAGUCCACCCGUGACAUUGCAUCCGCCUCGACCGAUACGAACCUCCCGAAGGCAGCCGCCCUGACGAGCACGCCCACGAAGGCGGACGUCACCAAAGCGUCCACUGCGGGAGGCAGCACAACACCGGCCGCAACCUCAACUCCAACGCGUGGCUCUACCGUGUCCACCAGUGCGUCCUACGGAUCGUCUGGCUCCACCGAAUCUCCGACCACUCGCAACGCCACCCUCGAGAUGACGACCGCAGCGGUUCCCAUCCGUGCCAGUACCCCCCGCCGGUUGUCCCACAAGAAUGGGUCGAACAAGAACAAGAACAAACUGGGUGCGGCGGUCGGCGUCAACAAACCUGCCACCGGUCCGAACACGGUCAACGUGAACAAGGUCAGUGUCAGCAGUAAUGCCGUGGCCAGCAGUAGUAGCAGCGCCAGUCCCAACCAGUCACUCCAGGCAGAUUCGACCGUAGCGAUCCCAGCGCCCGACAAUGGCACUUCCACCGCCGGACUGGCCGGAAACAACAAAGAUAAGACCGGGCUGGCUCCGACGAAGUACCACUACUACCCGCACAAUCAGCAUAUCUACUUCCUGCCGGAGUGCGCCAUCCAGCAGGUCUGCAAUGCGGUCUACGUGCGCCUGAACUACACCCAGCCACUGUGCGCCUGUCCGCCCAGGUACCGUGACCCGUGCUCGGCCAGCCUGAACGAGGACGACAACCACACGAUCAAGCUCGUCGGCAACCAGCAGAAGCGGGCGAUCACGCUGGCGAAGACGUGCGAGAACACGAACGAGCUGCGCGACUGCCGUGCGCCGAAGGAUUGGUCCAUUCUGGCGCUGCAAAACACCCGGACCGGCAAGUCGCACUAUCUGGUCAUCUGCAAGUGCCCACCGCACUACCGACUCGAGGGACCGUUGGCGCACGAUCAGCCCACCUACGCCGGGCUGCCCGGAAUCAACGUGUACGGUAUGCUGUGCGUGCCGCCGGAAACUUCCAGCUACUACGCGUCGAAACCGGCCAAGACACCCGCCAACGUGUACAACAAGUGGAAGCUCCCGUCCCGGCAGCCGGUGUCUUCGUACCGUGGUAGCGCUGCCGGUGCCACCGUCGAAGCGGAGACCGAAGAGACCGAGUCGCGGACGUACCAGAACUCGACGGACGGCGUCACGGUAGCAAGCAGCGAAGAGUAG